CAUCCGCACAGCGUCGCUGUGUCAGCUUACAGUGUUUAUCUGUGGCUGUAAUGGCGGCGAUCAGUGUGGAUGCGCCCGCACUGGAGCCAUGCCGUCUCCGAUCCCCGCGUCCAGGCUGCUGCCCAAGGACCUGUUCCCCAGCGUGGACGCGGGAGCCUGCAGCAGCCCGCUCUUCAAACACGGCACAACUCUGCACAUCCCCGCUCCACGGCCUGGCCGCUGCUCCCGGCCCUGGUCCUCGGCGAUUCUGUGGUCGGAGCUGCGGACUGUGGGACCGGUGGGUUCGGGAGGCUUUGGCUCGGUCUUCAGGGCGGAGUACCUGGGUCAGAGCGUGGCACUCAAACGGGUCAACAGGUCUACUAAGAACCGCCUAGCCUCUAGACACAGCUUCUGGGCCGAACUGAACGCGGCGCACCUGCGCCACCGGAAUAUUGCACGCGUUCUCGCUGCCAGCACAUGUGUGCCCGCGGAGCCGGAGUACGAGGGUAGUCUCGGGGGCGUGCUGAUGGAGCUAUGCGUGUCGGACCUACAGCAGAUCAUCUACGGCACUGAUCCCCUGGAGGAGAACCGUUGCUUGCGCUACGCCGAGGACGUGACGCACGGUCUCCGCUUCCUUCACGCGCACGGUGUGCUACAUCUGGACAUUAAACCUGCGAAUCUGCUGCUAUCCCAGGACGACGUGGUCAAGAUAGCGGAUUUUGGCUGCUCCCUGAAGCUGGAGUCCGGGUCAGAGGCUACAGCCGUGAGCCCGCAGCUUAGCCACGUGGGCGGUACAUUUACGCACCGCGCACCAGAGCUGCUCAAAGGCGAGCCCGUUUCAGCCAAAGCGGACGUGUUCUCGUUCGCCAUCACGCUGUGGCAGCUGCUGACCCGCGACCAGCCGUACGUUGGGGACCGGCAGUACGUCAUCUACGCCGUGGUUGCCCACGAGAUGCGGCCGCAGCUUCAGGGUCAUGCGGUUUUCAGCGGAGCGCGUGGACAAAUAUACAGUGCGCUGUUGAAGCGCUGCUGGAGCGCUCAACCCCAGAGUAGACCGAGCUCCGAAGAACUACUGCAGCUGCUGCCCAGGGGCCAGGACACGUGACCACUGUGUCCCGUGGACCUCUGGUUCUGAAUAAGUGAAAGUUACAGACGUUGUUCCGCAGCGCCCCCUAGAGGACUGAUUAUAUCGCGAGACUGGCAAACAUGCACUUUACUGUAUGAUGUUGUUGUAUGUUGUUGUGUUGAGAUGUGACUCUGGUCUUUAAAUGUUUUCAUUAAACUUAUUUUAUAUAUCUUUAGCAGCUCUCAUUGGUUCCUGUAUGUCAUAUAUUGGGCACUGGUACAAACGAGCCAUGUGGAGUUUCUUACAGAUUUAAACUUUAUUGCACAACAUUAUGGCACAGUGUACACAUGGGAGUGCACUGAAAUACACCAGGCAGACA